ACCUCAAGACCAUCCUUAAAACAUAUCACCACCAGUCGCCGUCUCCAACCCAACACUGCGAUUUGGAAAUAAUUUCGUCUUCCGCAACACAAAUCCCAACCACUAGCAACGGCGGUUGCCUACCUCCCUUCACCACACAUCUCAACUCUACUGGGCAAUCAGUGAGUGCAGCACACUUUUUCAAAUGCAAUUAGGUACAGGUUUUCCAAUGAAGAAAUCCAAGGAUCCUUUUGAAGUUGCAUUUGAGGAGCAAGAUGUAUCGCCCCCUGAAUCCCCCACUGGCCCCGAUGAGAAUGAAGAAAAAACUCGAGGUGCCCUCACUCUAGAUGUUAGUGGAGAUGAUGACAUGGCUAAUAAUCUUCAUCUUACAGAUCCUUCAACUUCUGCAGCUGCAUCAAACUCCGUUGUGACUGCUGGCCCUGUUGGCAAGUCUAAAGAAGAAGACGAAGAAGAAGAGGAAGAGAACAUGGAUGUUGAGCUUGGCAAGUUCCCUUCUAGUGGCGAUCCUGAUAAAGUGGCCAUUAUGCAGAGUAUUCUGUCUCAAUUUACGGAGGAACAGAUGAGUAGGUAUGAAUCAUUUCGAAGAUCUGGAUUUCAGAAAUCAAACAUGAAAAGGUUAUUGACUAGCAUAACUGGAAGUGCCAAAAUUUCUAUGCCUAUGACCAUCGUGGUAUCCGGAAUAGCAAAAAUGUUUGUUGGGGAGCUUGUUGAAACUGCCAGAAUAGUGAUGGCAGAUAGAGGGGAGUCUGGGCCAAUCAGGCCAUGUCACAUGAGAGAAGCAUAUAGAAGACUAAAACUUGAAGGCAAGAUUCCGAAAAGAUCAGUGCCAAGGCUAUUCUGCUAAAAGAGCGCCCUGUAGUAACUUGUGGCAAUCCAUAGUGUCCUCUUAAGGAACUCUAAAGCCCAAUAUAGAUACGUUAAUUCUUUUCCUUGUAAUUAUGACCUCAAAACUUCGAUAAGGAUGGUUAUAUUUGUAUUUGCAUCUGAAUAUUUGCUCCAUGGCUUGCCCUGGAUCAUGUUUGUCUGUUAUCCAUAACAAGAUUAUGGAGAACGAGAAUUUUUUAACUUAAAUGAUUUUGUACUAGGGUUUUUAC